GGGAGGGAGGGAGGGAGAUCCCUAUUUGCUGCCUUGGAGGUCAUGAGAGGAGGAGGAGGAGAAGGCUUAUGGACAUCGGUGCGCUUACCAUGCCUCCCGGGAAGCUGGGCAAUAAGGACUCCUUGGUUCUUCAGUGUGAAUGGGAGAUGUGCAGCUUUGUGGCCUCAAAGAUGGAAGAGUUCUGUGAACACGUGUCCAAGCAUCUGAAGCAGCAUCUCCAUGGCAGAGAGGAAGAAGACGAAGUGGAUCCGCUUGAAGAAUACUCUUGCCUUUGGCAGGAGUGUGGGUUCUGUUCUCCAGAGAGCCCUACAGAGCUGAUCCGCCAUGUUUACUUCCACUGUUACCACACCAAGCUAAAGCAGUGGGGACUACAAGCCUUACAGAGCCAGUCAGACUUAACCCCCUGUCAGUUGGACUUUCAGAGCCGGAACAUCAUCCCCGAGAUUCAGGAGAACUUCCUUUGCCUCUGGGAAUAUUGUGAGCGAGCUUUCGAUAACCCCGAGUGGUUCUACCGACAUGUGGAGGAUCACAGUUUCUGCACAGAGUACAAGGUCAUUGGGAAGGAAAAUCAAAUGGUCUUCUGUGGCUGGAAAGAUUGCGACUGCACCUUCAAAGGCCGGUGUAAGCUGCGUGAGCACCUGCGCAGCCACACGCAGGAGAAAGUGGUGGCUUGUCCCACCUGUGGUGGGAUGUUCUCCAACAAUACCAAGUUUUUUGACCACAUCCGCCGACAGACUGCAUUGGAACAACAGCGAUUCCAGUGCUCCCACUGUUCCAAGAGGUUUGCUACAGAGAGGUUGCUGCGUGAUCACAUGAGGAACCACGUCAACCACUACAAGUGCCCCCUAUGUGACAUGACCUGCCCUCUGCCGUCCUCUCUGCGUAACCACAUCCGCUUCCGGCACAGCGAGGAUCGACCCUUCAAGUGCAAUUACUGUGAUCACAGCUGUAAGAAUCUCAUUGAUCUACGGAAACACUUGGAUACACACAGCAAAGAGCCUGCUUACCGCUGCGAGUUUGAAGCCUGCGACUUCAGCGCCCGGUCCCUUUGUUCCAUCAAACUGCACUACAAGAAAGUCCAUGAGGGUGACUCUGAGCCUCGCUACAAAUGCCACGUUUGCGACAAAUGCUUCACACGCGGGAACAACCUUACUGUGCACCUUAGGAAAAAGCACCAGUUCAAAUGGCCUUCGGGUCAUCCUCGCUUCAGGUACAAGGAGCAUGAGGAUGGCUACAUGCGGCUACAGCUGGUGCGCUAUGAAAGCGUGGAGUUGACAGAGCAGCUGCUGAAGGACCGGGAAAAGCAGGGCGAGAUUCUAGAUGACACAGCUCAAUGUGUGGUUCUGACUGGGGCAGAGGACAGCCUGCAGGGAAUCAUCCUGGAGCCAUCUCCUGAGGAGACAGCUGACGCGGACUUGGAAGUGGCCAUGCCUCCCCAGGACUCUGCUCAGCAAGAUACCAGUGCUUCCCCAGACCAAGAACUGAGUGCACCGUCCAGCCCUAUCAUCCGUGUUGUGAGCAGGACCAAUGAGCAUGGAGAGAGUGAAACCGUCUAUUACGUCAUGGCCAAUGCCCCCUCUGAGAGCCGGGCAGUUGUGCCUACUGAGUUUGCCACUGAGUCAGAAGAAAAUGUCAUGGACAGGCUUCAGAAGACAGCUGAAGAACUAGGCAUUCAGAUUGUAUGAGUCACUUCCUGCCUGCUUCUGGAGCUCCAGGCCUUUUCCCCAACACUCCCAGGGGCUGGUCUGGAACAGCACAAGCCUCACUUUGGUGGCUCCCGGUUCUUUUUGAAUUAUGAGAACCACACACAGUUGCUGGUGCUACUUAGAAAAAAGAACAAGGGGCUUUAUUUUCUCAGGAGAGCACUCCUGGCUCCACAUAAGGCUUCCUUUGGUGUCUCCUUACCACUAGGACCCAUAUGCACCUUUUAAUGGUGGGUGGGUUGGUAAAAGGAAGAAGGAAGGCCUUGUUUCAAAGGUGCUUAAUGUGGAAAGAAGGGACCAUCUUGUGCCACAGAGAGGUUGAGGAUGUUGCAUCUGAGGUACUGAUGGUGCUAAGGAGCCCAUCCUGGGCACAUAAAACAUCAGGAUUGUUUUUGAAGUGUUGGAAAUACUCCAAGAGGAGUAUGUGCUGCCCAUCCCAGUAGAUUCCAUUGUCCUUUGCCAGAAAUGGUUCUGCUUCCUGCCAAAUCCCCUUCCUUGUUGUGAAUGCCACACUCAGAAACUGUUGUUCCUCUGGUCCAUUCCUAAACCAUGAUGAUCACACCUCUGCUCCCCUUCCACCUUUGAGAUCUGGUUUUUCUUUAGUCAGUCUCUAACUGGUUCCACGGAUUCCCUGCAUAUGUAGUAGGGCCUGUCUCCGUCUCUUCUUCCAACCUCUUCUGCAUUGGAAUGUUCCAAGAUAGUUUGAACCCUGGCUCACCUGUCCCUGGAGGGCAAAAAACACAAGCCUGUUUUGAGAGCCUGUUUUUCCCAGCUGCUGUGCCACAUCAUGUUGCAUCCUGCUGUUUUAAUUUUAUGUUGGCUAGCCGCCCUCCCCCUUCUUAUUUGCAUUAUCUUUGUGGCACGGGAACCACGUGGAACGCUGUGGGUUUUGUGGGCAGAGCCUUCUGUGGUUCCUCCCAUGUUAACCACGCAGCACAAGAAGGGAAUGACCUACAGUGGCUUCCUCAACACAAAGAGGCAAAGUAGAAGAAACUGGGAGGUGGAGGUUAAUUCUUGCCAAGGGGUCCUUCCCCCAUAUUGGGGGUCUCCAGUUCCUGCCUUGAAAAGUUUGUGUUAAGAUAAAAUAACAAUAAAAGCAAACAAUGACAA